AUGAAGUACAUCAUAGAGCACAUGGAAAAAGGCUUUAGUGAGUGGGUCAUAUUGGAAUAUGCCCAGAUUCUGAGAGAUGUCGGUUUUGAAAAUCUUAUUUUAACCUCCCUUCCUCAAGGAACUACUCAGGACGAUAUUCCCGAUAAAUUGACCCAGCUGGGACUUCAGUGGUCCACUAAAGAUGUCACGCACUUUAUUCCUGCAAGUACGCCAAGAUCCAGAUUGUGUUUGCUUGAUCCAAAGGCGGAAAAAGACCUCGAGCCCUCUGACAAGCAGGCUUUUGACUAUUUCAUAUUUGGAGGUAUUCUUGGGUCACACCCGCCAAAGGAUCGAACUGGCGUUUUAAGGGAAAAGCUAAGGUGUCCAGGUAGGAGAUUAGGUGAACUUCAAAUGUCAACAGAUACAGCAGUUAGGGCUACUAAGCACAUCUUGGAUGGAACAAGAAUGGAAAAUUUAAAAUGCAUCGACUACCCAGAGAUCAGAUUCAACAAGCAUGAGGCCACGGAGAUGCCAUUUAGAUAUAUUUUGGAUGGUAAUGGAAGGCCAAUUUUGCCCGAUGGGAUGCUUGACUUGAUAAAGAAGGACACGGAACGUACACUUGACGAUUUCUUCUGA